AUGAAUCAAGUACUGAAGCCUUUCAUUGAAAAAUUUGUUGUUGUCUAUUUUGAUGAUAUUUUGAUAUACAGUACCACAGAGGAAAAACAUCAUCAUUAUUUGAGAUCUGUAUUAAUUAUUUUACAACAAAAUGAGUUAUUUAUCAACUUGAAGAAAUAUAAAUUUCUUACUUCAAGUUUAGUUUUUAUGAGAUAUGUCAUAUGUGUAGAUAGCAUCGAAGUAGAUGAAGAAGAGGUUGAAGCUAUUAAAGAUUGGCUAAUUCUAAAAAGUAUAGAUGAUGUUCGUAGUUUCCAUGGCUUAGCAUCUUUUUAUAGAAGAUUUAUUCGAACUUUCAGUUCAAUUAUAGCUCCCAUCACUGAGUGCAUGAAAAGAGAAAACUUUCAGUGGAUAGAUGUAACAAAUAGAAGUUUUAUUCUAAUUAAAGAAAAAUUAAGUUUUGUCCCUAUACUAACACUAUCAAAUUUUGAUAAAUUAUUUAAAGUAGAAUGUGAUGCCUCAAUUAUUAGAAUUGGAGUUGUAUUAUCCUAA